CAACUCAGCGGGUGUUGCAGGGAGUGGUAGAUGGCGUACUCAUAUGCGAGAAGAGACGGAUGAGAUAUUUAGUCGCGCUGGAUCUGAAGAUGUCUUGUUGGUAUUAUACGGUUGUGUUCCUUCAUUUUUCAUAGAAGAUUGCAUGCAUUGUACUUCCAGGAAAAAUCACAAUCACACCACAACGACCAUCGCCCCAUUUGGCACCCAAUAUUCUAUACCUCUUAGACAAUCUCUAUCGAAUCUACACAAAAAAUGGGCGCAUUAACCCCGUCACAAGUGCAAACCAUCAAAUCGACAGUCCCGGUCCUCGCCCAACACGGCAACACCAUAACAACAAAGUUUUACCACGACCUGCUGUCCGCACAUCCCGAACUGAAAAACGUCUUCAACAACACCCACCAAGCGACCGGCCACCAAGCACAAGCACUCGCAGGAGCCCUUUACGCAUACGCCGCCAACAUCGACGACAUGGGAAAGCUGAGUCCAGCAGUGGAGCUCAUAUGCCACAAACAUGCGAGCUUGUUCGUUCGCGCAGACCAGUAUGAUGUUGUUGGCAAGCAUCUACUUGAAACGAUGCAGACAGUGCUGGGUGAUGCUGCGACGUCCGAGAUCCUGGAGGCAUGGGGUGCAGCGUACUGGCAGUUGGCGAAUAUCAUGAUUGGCAAGGAAGAUCAGUUGUAUCAAGAGACAUCGUAUUGGCCCGAUUGGAAGGACUUCACUAUUGUGAAGAAGGAGAAGGAGAGCGAGGAGAUUACGUCGUUUUACCUCGAGCCAGUGGAUGCAGAUUUGAAGCUACCGGUCUUCAAACCUGGACAGUAUAUCUCAGUUAACGUCUUCGUGGACGAGCUGGAGGGUGGUGUGUGGCAGGCAAGGCAGUACAGUUUGAGCGAUGCGCCGGGAAAGAAGCAUUUGAGGAUCAGUGUGAAAAAAGAGCCUGGCAUUGAGAUUGGAGAGCCAAGAUACUUGACACAUGCAGGCUAUAUCUCCAACCUGCUACACGACACGAAGAGCGAGGGAGACGUAGUGAAGGUCUCGCAUCCAUUCGGAGAAUUCUUCUUCGACGCGAAAGAGGUCGAUGCAGACGCACCCGUUGUUCUCAUCUCAGCAGGCGUUGGUCUGACAGCUUUGACCUCCAUCUUCAACUCCCUGACAGCGGAGAAAUCGGAUCGACCGAUAACCUGGAUCCAAGGCGCACGUAACUCAAAGACACGAGCCUUCAAGACGCACUUUGACCAAAGCGCUGCAGCAAACGAGAACGUGCAUGCAAUGUAUUACUCGUCGACUCCGAGCGAAGGGGAAGUCCAGGGCCGUGACUACACUAUCAAAGGUCGCGUAGAUCUAGACAAGAUUGACAGGAAGUACCUGCAUACGGACGACGGCAAGACACAGUACUACUGUUGUGGACCCAUACAAUUCAUGCUCGACGUUGAGGCGAAGUUGAAGAGCUAUGGCGUGCCGAGCGAGCGGGUGAAGAUGGAGUUAUUCGGUACCGGCGGAGUACCGAGAGUUUAGGGUGUUGGUGAAAUAGCGAUCGGCUUAGUGAUGCGUUCAUUGUAUUCCUAGUGAUUUAGUAUACCAGAUUUCGUGUUAGUAGAUCCAACACCGUUUAGCUCAUCCGCGCGCCAGUCGCGCAGUAGAUUUUGUCAGUGCAGCGGCGUACAAGCCACUAAUUCGCCAUGUGGGAUGCGUACCACAACGCGCAUGCCAUAGGAUGCCAUUUGCAACGCUCCUAUGGACACGUGCAGCGGAACGAGGAGCUUUGAUGGUAGAUCUUCCUAGAUGGCAGCGGGAAGGUAAGGUACUAGGACAUUGACCAAUUCCGACGUCCCGGUCGUUCAGCAGGUCAGGCCAGAUGUCGCACACUUGCGCAGACGCAGGGCAAUGUUCCCAUGCCUAGGAUCAUGUAAGA